UCAUGCUGCUGCCAGGUCCAGAGUGUGUCAUGGGUCCCUGUACGGCCUCCCAUUGCUGCUGUCUCCAUCGCCACACUCUGCCAUGUGCCACUUUCAGGUCUCCUCACACUGCUGGUGGGUUCCAUUUUGUCAUAGGGUGCUGGUGCUGUAUGGCCUCCCAUUGCUGCUGCCAGGCCCGUAAUCUGUCAUGGGCCCCUGUACCGCCUCCUCAUGCUGCUGCCAGGUCCAGAGUGUGUCAUGGGUCCCUGUACGGCCUCCCAUUGCUGCUGUCUCCAUCGCCACACUCUGCCAUGUGCCACUUUCAGGUCUUCUCACACUGCUGGUGGGUUCCAUUUUGU